AUGCCUGCUCCUGUGGUCGUCGCUGUGCUCGCGGCAUUGCUGCCGGCUGUGCUGGGCCAGGACAACACUACCUACAAGGACUACUCGACCGAAGCCCAACCCGAUCUCUUCGAGCAGACGACCAGCGUCGUUGAUUUCAGCUUUCCGGACUGCACCAAUGGUCCCCUCGCGAAGACACUCGUAUGCGACAAGUCCGCCAAUGCCCAUGAUCGAGCGACUGCGCUCAUCUCCAUGUUUACCUUCGAGGAGCUGGUCAACAGCUCCAGCAACAAUAUCCCUGCCAUCCCACGCCUAGGACUUCCACCAUACCAGGUCUGGAAUGAAGCUCUCCAUGGACUGGACCGCGGCAACUUCUCGGACUCCGGCGACUACAGCUGGGCCACCUCAUUCCCGUCGCCCAUUCUCACCAUGGCGGGCCUCAACCGCACGAUGAUCAAUCAGAUCGGCGACAUCAUCUCCACCCAGGGUCGCGCCUUCAACAAUGCGGGGAGAUAUGGACUGGACGUGUACGCGCCCAACAUCAAUUCGUUCCGCCACCCCGUCUGGGGUCGUGGACAGGAGACCCCAGGUGAAGACGCCUAUUGCCUGUGCUCAGCGUACAGCUACGAGUACAUCACGGGUAUCCAAGGAGGUGUGGAUCCAGACAAUCUCAAGCUGGUGGCAACCGCAAAGCACUAUGCGGGAUAUGAUAUUGAGAAUUGGGAUGGUCAUUCCCGUCUGGGCAACGAUAUGAAGAUCUCUGCACAGGACCUCGCAGAGUAUUUCACUCCGCAAUUCGUGUCUGCUGUGCGCGAUGCCAAAGUCCACAGUGUCAUGGCAUCCUACAAUGCAGUGAAUGGUGUCCCAAGCUCUGCCAACUCCUUCCUUCUUCAAACACUGCUCCGAGAUACCUGGGGCUUCGUGGAAGAUGGUUAUGUCUCCUCGGACUGUGACUCUGUCUACAAUGUGUUCAACCCCCACGGAUACGCUGCCAACUCAUCUGGUGCCGCUGCUGGCUCAAUGCGAGCUGGUACAGAUAUUGAUUGCGGUGAAACGUACCGCGACUAUCUGAACCAGUCCGUGACUGAUGGAGGCAUCUCCCGCAGUGAAAUUGAGCGGGGAGUCAUGAGGCUUUACUCCAACCUGGUGCGCCUGGGAUACUUCGAUGGCUCCGAUAGCCCUUACCGAAACCUCGACUGGUCUGAUGUUGUGUCGACAGACGCCCGAAACAUCUCCUAUGAAGCAGCUAUCGAGGGCAUUGUUCUCCUCAAGAAUGAUGGUACGCUGCCCCUGGCCAAGAAUGCCAGCAGUGUCGCCUUGGUUGGGCCGUGGGGCAAUGCCACCGAGCAAAUGCAGGGCAACUAUUUCUCUACCGCGCCUUACCUCAUCAGUCCCCUCGCAGCGCUGCAGGCCUCCGACUUGGAUGUUAAUUAUGCGUUCGGCACAAACAUCUCAUCAACUACAACCGAUGGCUUCGAUGCUGCUAUCUCCGCAGCCAAGAAGUCUGACGUGAUCAUCUUCGCCGGCGGAAUCGACAACACUGUUGAGGCGGAGGGAGUGGACCGUUCAAACAUUACGUGGCCGGGUAACCAGCUCCAGCUGGUGAACGAACUGAGCAAGCUCGGAAAGCCCCUCAUUGUGCUGCAAAUGGGUGGUGGUCAGGUUGAUUCGUCCUCCCUUAAGGCGAAUAAGAAUGUCAACGCGCUGAUCUGGGGUGGUUACCCCGGCCAAUCUGGAGGACAGGCUCUCUUGGAUAUUAUCACCGGCAAGCGAGCCCCUGCCGGACGUCUUACCGCCACUCAGUACCCAGCAAGCUAUGCGAUGCAGUUCCCCGCGACCGACAUGGCACUGCGCCCCAGCGGCGACAACCCUGGUCAGACCUACAUGUGGUACACCGGAAAGCCGGUCUACGAGUUUGGACAUGGGCUCUUCUAUACAACUUUCAAGGCCUCACUGUCCAAGGCAAAGAGAUCUGGAAACUCAUUUGACAUCACUGAGCUUCUCACCCAAACACACGCAGGCUACAAUGUUGUGGAGCAGGUUCCCUUCAUGAAUUAUACUGUUGGUAUCACCAACACCGGCGGUGUUCUCUCGGAUUACACUGCCAUGCUUUUCGUCAACACAACGGCUGGUCCCCAGCCCCACCCAAAUAAAUGGCUCGUUGGAUUUGAUCGUCUCGGCGGGCUGAAACCACGCGCAUCACAGCAGAUGACUAUCCCCAUCUCGCUCGAUAACGUGGCUCGUACGGAUUCUCAGGGCAACCGCGUUGUCUAUCCCGGAAAGUACGAGCUGGCUCUGAACAACGAGCGAUCGGCUAUUCAGUCUUUCAUCUUGACUGGUGAGCCGACUGUUAUCUCCAAGUGGCCUCUAGAUGAGCAGCAGAUUCCUCCUGCUUGA